CUCUCCCAAUUAGCUUUUCUGCGUUUAGGGUUUAAGGUCGACAAAAAUUGGUCUCACACCCAGUUUGAUCAUGGCGUCGGAGGGCAAACUGAAGAAACAGAAGACUGCGGAUACUCAUGCUGACAGAUUGAGUGCUUUGGGCGAUGAUUUGCUGCUUCAUAUACUCAGCCUCUUCGAACUUAAAGGCGCCGUGGGUACGAGCGCACUGUCAAGACGAUGGAGGUACCUUUGGACUCGUCUCACUCGUCUCGAUCUGGACGACAGCAGCUUCGUACAUCCCGCCGACGAUCGGGAAAUCGCAGAAAUCCGCAAGGCAGAGUUCGCAAACCUCGUGGUGCUGAGCGUGUUGAGACAAUGUGAAGACCACCGGCCGUUUCUGAAGAACUUCCGGCUCAGCUGCAAUGCGCCCGAGGAUCCUUUCUUGUCGAAAUCGUGGAUGGAGGCGGCCGCCGGUCCUCAAAUCGAGACGUUUGAAGUCGAUUUCGGCUGCUGCACGGAGAGUCUCUACGAUCUCAGCGACAGGGUUUUUGCUUUAGAGAAGCUUCGAGUUUUGAAGCUCCGCAAGGGUUUCCGGCUUGGUGUUGAUGAUGCUGCACACAUUUGGCUCCCAUGUCUCAAGGUAUUAGAACUUCGUGAAAUCUCAGGGUCUAGUUCUACGUUGCGCAGUCUCAUUUCUGGUUCUCCUGUUCUGGAGACACUAGGCAUUGAACGCUUUAGAACAUUGGAUGAUGCAACAACCGUUUACAUAGAAUCUUCGUCGCUGAAGAAUGUGAAGCUGAGGGGGUUGUUCAUGUUCGGUAAUGUCUUGCCGAGAAUCGUUGUUAAUGCACCAAGCCUUGUGCAUAUGGAUUUUCAUCCUUGGCACAAUCCGGGUGCUGAAUAUGUCGUCCAUGAGUUACCUUGCCUCGAAUCUGGUUACAUUGACCAUUGUGGUCGACUUGGAAUGCUUUCCCCGCUCAUUUUGCUCUUGAAUCGGAUUUCAAAUGCUAGAAAACUGCAGCUGACUGACUCAACAUUCCAGUCGGUUAAAUCGUGUUACCACUAUGAGCUACCACUGCCCUGGUUACAUAACUUGACUCAUUUGACAUUGGAAGUUACCGUGAUUGAUUGGAUCACCGUGUGUAGCUUACUAGAUCGCGCACCGAAUUUAGUAACUCUAGUCUUCGAGAAGUGUCCAAGCCCUGAGCCGCUGGAAGUUCUAUGGGACCCAUUGGAACCAGACCCUGAAUGCAUUCGUUCACGAAUUGAGGGUUUAGUGUCAAGAAUUGUUCUCACCCAGUCACCCAGAGUGAUCAUGGCGUCGGAGGACAAAUUGAAGAACACCGCGGAUACUCACGUUGACAGACUGAGUGUUUUGGGCGACGAUUUGCUGCUCCACAUACUCGGAUUCUUGGAACUGAAAGGCGCCGUGGGAACGAGCGCGCUGUCAAGAAGAUGGAGGUACCUUUGGACCCGUCUCACCAAUCUCCAUCUGGACGACUGCAGCUUCGUGCACUCCGACGCCGACUGGACAAUGGCGGAAACUAUGAACCCAGAGUUCGGAGACCUCGUGGAGAGCGUGUUGAGACAAUGCGAAGACCACCUGCCGUUUCUGAAGAAGUUCCGCCUCAGUUGCAACUCGCCCAAUGAUCUGAUGUUCGUGGGAUGGUGGAUGGAGGCGGUCACCGGUCCUCAGGUCGAGUCAUUUGAAGUCGAUUUCAGGUGGGGGAACUGUAUGUACCAUCCCUGCGAAAGGAUUUUUGCUAUGGAGAAGCUUCGAGUAUUGAAGCUCAACGACUGGUACAAAAAUGGUCGUUCCUCCGUCUGCGUGCUUUCCUAGGCUCAAGGUUUUGGAACUCUGGAGGGUCCAUGUGCUUCUCGAGGAUUGUCCCCAGUUCAUCGCAUGGCUUCGGGCGGUCAUUGGGCCUGAAAUCGAGAAGCUUUGCCUGAAAUUGAAAGUAAUGAAAGCAAUGGAGCCGGAGGUGAUUGAUUUGGGUGAAGCCGUUCCGUAGCGCACGUAAGCUUCAGGUGUUGAAGCUCUGCAAUGGUAUCCAGCUUGGUGUUGAUGCACCCAUUUGCCUUCCAUGUCUCAAGGUAUUAGCACUUUAUUUUGUAUCAGGGUUUGGUUCCACACUGCGCAGCAUCAUUUCCAGUUCUCCUGUUCUGGAGUCAUUAGUCAUUGAAUGCUUUAAAACAUUAGGCGAUGCAACAACCCUUUACAUAGAAUCUCCCUCGCUAAAGAAUGUGAAGCUGAGGAGGUUUUCGGUUGAGCGUCAUGCCUCGCGGAGAAUUGUUCUUAAUGCACCAAGUCUUGUGCGUAUGAAAGUUCUUCUUUACAAUGAUAUGGUGACUGAAUAUGACAUUCAUGAGCUACCUUGCCUUGAAUCUGGUUAUAUUGACUACUGUGGUCGAAGUCAACGGCUUGCCUCCCUUAUUAUGAUCUUGAAUCGGAUUUCAAAUGCUACAUCACUGCAUCUAACUGACUCAACAUUUCAGUCGAUUAUGCUGUGUUACCUCCAUCAGCUUCAACUGCCCGUGUUACAUAACUUGACUCACCUGACAACGGAAGUGAGUCUGAUUGACUGGGAAACCGUGUGUACCUUACUUGCUUGCACACCAAACUUGGUAACUCUGGUCUUUGAGAAGAGUCCAGGUCCUGAACCGUUGGAAGUUUUACGGGAGAACAUAUGGAAACCAGUCCCUGAAUGCCUUUAUUCACGAAUUGAAGUCAUAGAAAUCAAGGGUUUAGGUUCAGGGGUGACUUCAGUCCAGAAAGACUUGUUAAUGCACGUUCUAGAUGUUGCAUCUUGCUUAAAGAAGAUGAUUCUUCACUGUGCCAUUGACCAAGACACCAUUGGAGGGCUCUUACAUUCGUCCAAUGAAUCAGUUCCUACCCACGGAGAACAUGCGAUGCUGGCGAAUCUGGAAGAGUUAUUAGCUUGGCCGAGGUCAUCAAGUAAUUGUGAAGUUGAACUUUUAAGUUAUGUAGACGAUACCUUUAACUGAGCUUUGCAUGUGUACUGUUUGAUGUACUUUGGCUCAGAUUGAGUAUAUGUAUAUCAGUAUAUGAUCAGGACAUGACUUUAGUAACUGACCUCUUUGUCUGUGUUUUCUAAAGUGUAUUUUGCCUCGGAUGGAGUAAAUGUAUUGUAUGUUUUCGGUGCUGGUGAUAUUCUUUGGC